AUGACUCAAAUAGACACCACCGAUACUCCGCAGGAUGAAUAUGAAGAUGUGGCUGGCGGCCCCGGAGCACCGCUUCCAAUUGCACAGCUUGUGGGCAUUGCAGGUUUGACAGAUCGAGAUAUCAAACUGGUGAUCGAAGGCGGUUACAAUACUGUGGAGUCAGUUGCUUUCACCCCACGGCGUGCGUUGGAGCAGAUCAAGGGCAUAUCGGAAGCCAAAGCAACCAAACUACUGGCUGAAGCUAUGAAACUCGUCCCCAUGGGUUUUACCACGGCUACCGAAAUGCAUGCCCGAAGAAGCGACCUCAUCUCCAUCACCACGGGAUCGAAGAAUCUCGAUCGACUACUUGGCGGUGGCAUCGAGACGGGCUCCAUAACUGAGAUCUUUGGAGAGUUCAGGACGGGCAAGAGUCAGAUCUGUCACACCAUGGCCGUAACUUGUCAACUACCCUUCGACAUGGGAGGCGGUGAAGGCAAAUGCUUGUACAUUGACACCGAGGGGACGUUCCGACCUGUCCGGCUUCUCUCCGUGGCCAAUCGAUAUGGAUUGGAGGGUGAAGAGGUGUUGGACAAUGUGGCGUACGCGCGAGCCUACAACUCGGAACAUCAACUGCAACUACUACAGCAAGCAUCACAAAUGAUGUGUGAGACACGAUUUUCGCUACUAAUCGUCGACUCGGCCACCUCGCUUUACCGAACGGAUUACAAUGGACGAGGAGAAUUAUCAUCACGCCAAUCACACAUGGCCAAGUUUCUACGCAUGCUUCAGAGACUGGCAGACGAGUUCGGAAUUGCGGUAGUCAUCACGAACCAGGUUGUUGCACAGGUUGACGGCGGUCCAAGCGCCAUGUUCAAUCCAGACCCGAAGAAACCUAUCGGUGGCAACAUCAUUGCUCAUGCCAGCACGACGCGACUGAGUUUGAAGAAGGGCCGUGCCGAGACGAGAAUCUGCAAAAUCUACGACAGUCCAUGUCUGCCGGAGAGCGAUACUCUGUUUGCGAUCUAUGAGCAUGGUAUUGGUGAUCCACAGCCCAAGGAUGACAAGGAGAAAGAGUAA